CUAUACGUUCUUGCAUAAACACAUCACACACAGAAAACAACUCACAACAACAAUGAGGAUGAUGGGGUCUGCAUUUCUAGUGUUGUCCUUCCUUCUUUUUGCAUUAGCUGCAAAGCCAUUGCCUAGGGUAGCAGCUGGUGCUGCCCCUGAGCCAGUGCUUGACAUCGCCGGUAAGGUGCUUAGAACUGGCACUUAUUACGACAUCCUCCCAGUGGAGCGAGGGAGAGGAGGUGGGAUCACAUUCGCUUGCACAGGACACAAAAGCUGCCCUGUGGAUGUUAUGCUAGAAGAUUAUGAGGAUUCAGAUGGUCUCCCACUGCAAUUCAUACCUGCGAACCGCAAGAAAGGUGUCAUCCGUCUUUCUACCGAUCUCAACAUCAAAUUCCCUGGCCCAGCAAGCUGUGCCGCAACAGCAGUGUGGAAGGUUGAAAAAUAUGAUGAACUGACAAGCCAAAUGUUCAUCUCAACUUCUGGGGUUGAAGGAAAUCCCGGUCCUGAAACAGUAGACAAUUGGUUUAAGAUUGAGAAGUACGGGAAUGACUACAAGCUAGUUUUCUGCCCUACUGUGUGUAACGAUCACUGCAAAGUUCUGUGCAAAGAUAUUGGCAUUUAUGUUGACAAGGAAGGAUUCAAGCGUCUGGCUCUUAGCGAUGUGCCUCUCAAAGUUAAGUUCAAGAAGUUUUGAAGAUCAUUAAUUAUCGGCCAUGAAUGCCUCACGAAUGCAAUAAAGUGACUCUUGUAAU